GUGUCGUUGAGUUUGUACGUGCGUUAUCGGACUUGAUUGUUUACAGUAUCAGUCUUGCAGUUAAGCACUAACGAAAACACGUCGCUGCUUCGCGCAUCAUGAGCAGCAACACGAAACGGACCAUUUACGUAGGUGGUUUGGCCGAGGAGGUCGACGAGAAGGUGCUGCACGCGGCAUUUAUACCGUUUGGAGAAAUCGUUGACGUACAGAUACCACUAGAUUAUGAAUCGGAAAAGCACAGAGGGUUCGCGUUCAUCGAAUUUGAGACGGCGGAGGAUGCAGCUGCGGCUAUAGACAACAUGAACGACUCAGAGUUGUUUGGCCGGACGAUAAGGGUAAACAUCGCCAAGCCGCAGAAGAUAAAGGAAGGUUCAUCGAAGCCGGUAUGGGCCGACGACGCUUGGCUGCAAGAACAUGCGGGCGAAACGCUGAAGAGCGACGAUAGCGCGAAGAGCACGAGCGACGUUACGCAAUCGAAGAAGGCGAAGCAAAAUCCGCAGGUUUACUUUGACAUAAGCAUAGGUAAACAAGAAAUAGGUAGAAUCAUCAUGAUGCUACGGGCGGACGUCGUGCCGAGGACUGCGGAGAACUUUCGUGCGCUUUGCACGCACGAGAAGGGAUACGGAUAUCAGGGCAGCACUUUUCACAGGAUUAUUCCAGACUUUAUGUGCCAAGGAGGCGACUUCACGAAUCACAACGGUACGGGCGGCAAAUCGAUCUACGGUAACAAAUUCGAGGACGAAAAUUUUGAGCUGAAACACACGGGCCCAGGAACGCUGUCGAUGGCGAACUCGGGCGCGAACACGAACGGGUCACAAUUCUUCCUGUGUACGACCAGAACGGAUUGGUUGGAUGGGAAACACGUCGUCUUCGGGCAUGUUCUCAGUGGAUUGGACGUGGUGAAGAAGGUCGAGAAAUGUGGAACCAAGGGAGGCACACCGACGCAAAAGGUCGUCAUAACUGCCUGCGGAGAAUUAGUAUAGCUAUCUUUCUCUUUUGUACAUAAAUUAACUUAUAAUAAAUUGGGAUUUGUAUAAGA